CACACUAGACUACCCCAAGCUGCGCGGAUCACGAGCGAGACUCACCCGCCAACACUUUCACCCUGAAGCAGUCUUCUGCAACGCGCACAGGGUAUGCAGCCACGACUGGCUGCUCAACGUGCCAUCGAGGAAUAUACAAAGUUGAACUUACUUUUUGCAAGCUGCUUCUGUAGAGUACAAACACUGGGUCUCAAUUUCUUGACCGCUUCAGUUUAAAUAUUUAACUUUUAGAGACUGCGUUUGAUAUGAUGGAUACGCGGAGGCUUGUGCCAAGAAGUCUCCUGUUUGCAGUGGUGGUGCUUUUAUGGGAUUUUACUUUGGCUUCUGAAAUGCAAGUGAUUGACAUGCUGGAGCUGCACGAUGCCAAGCAUAUUGCGUCCGCAGUGGGGAAGAUGACAGUAGCCAUGCAAAGUGUGUCGGACCUAUACCUGGUCUCUACUCUCCGCCUACCACCCAAACUAGGAGGGAUGCUACUGGGCCUGUAUAACAAGGAAGACAAUAGGAAGUACCUGGAAGUGGCCCUCAUGGGCAAGGUCAACAAGGUUCUGGUGCGCUACAUUCGAGAGGAUGGGAAACUCCACACUGUGAAUCUUCAGAACCCUGGCCUCUCCGAUGGACGCACCCAGUCCAUCAUCCUCCGGGUGGCUGGGCUCCAAAGAAGCCACCUACACCUGGAGCUUUAUGUCAACUGCCGAUUGGCCGACUCGGCACAGGGCUUGCCGUCAUUGGUCAAAUUACCAGUGGAGGCGGAGGCCGUGGAAGUUCGUAAUGGACAAAAGGCGUAUGCCAGACUUCAGGGUACAGUCGACACUCUUAAGAUGGCUCUUGGUGGCUCAUUGGCCAAAGCAGGUUUACUGACAGACUGCCCUUUCCAAGGAGAUAAAUCUUUUCAAAAUUCAGUGAGUACAGAUGUGAAUGCUAUUCUUGGUGACCACACCAAGGCUCUGAUUGGCCAGCUCAUCAUCUUCAACCAGAUAUUGGGAGAGCUCCGGGAGGACAUCAGAGAACAGGUGAAGGAGAUGUCCCUAAUCAGAAACACCAUUCUAGAAUGCCAGGCUUGUGGUUUCCAUGAGCCCCACUCUCGCUGCGAGCCAAACCCAUGUUACAAGGGCGUAUCCUGCACAGAGACCCGUGAGUACCCAGGGUACCGCUGUGGCUCCUGCCCUGAUGGCAUGAAGGGGAACGGAACCCACUGUCAGGACAUCAAUGAGUGUGCUCUGGCCCAGCCAUGUUUCCGACCAGAGGGGUGUGUGAACACUGCCAAGGGAUUCACCUGUGAGCCCUGCCCCCUCGGGUACUCAGGACCCCCCCUCAGGGGUGUGGGAGUGGACUUUGCCAAGAGUCACAAGCAGGAAUGCAGAGACAUGGAUGAGUGCGCAGAUCCGUCGAAUGCCUGCGUUCCCAACUCUGUCUGCAUCAACACUGAGGGCUCCUUCAGGUGUGGCGAGUGUAGGGAGGGCUUCGUGGGCAACCAAUCAACAGGCUGCUUCCUGCGUCGCUCCUGCUCCGCGUUAACCUUCGACCCCUGCGACGUCAACGCCCACUGUGUCAUGGAGCGCCACAGCGAGGUCUCCUGCCAGUGUAACGUGGGAUGGGCCGGCAAUGGGAACACGUGUGGCCCAGACACCGACAUCGACGGCUUCCCCGACGAAUCUCUGCCCUGCAUAGACAACGACAUCCACUGCAGAGCCGACAACUGUGUCAACACGCCCAACUCUGGCCAGGAGGAUGCCGAUGGGGACGGCAUCGGUGACCAGUGUGACGAGGACGCGGAUGGGGACGGCAUCAUAAAUGUGGAGGACAACUGUCGCCUGGUCCCUAACAAGGACCAGCAGAACUCAGACACAGACUCAUACGGCGACGCAUGUGACAACUGUCCCAACGUCCCCAAUGGCAGCCAGAAGGACACGGAUGGCAACGGAGCCGGGGACACUUGUGACAAUGACAUUGACGGGGACGGCAUCCCUAACGUUCUGGACAACUGUCCCAAGCUGCCUAACCCCAUGCAGACGGACCAUGAUGGGGAUGGAGUGGGGGAUGUUUGCGACAGCUGUCCAGAUGUCAACGACCCCAUGCAGUCAGACGUGGAUAACGAUUUGGUGGGAGAUGUGUGCGACACUAACCAGGACAUGGAUGGAGAUGGACACCAGGACACCAGGGACAACUGUCCAGACAUGCCCAACAGCUCCCAGUUGGAUUCUGACAAUGACGGAAUAGGUGACGAAUGUGACGAUGAUGACGACAAUGAUGGCAUUCCUGAUGUUCACCCUCCCGGGCCUGACAACUGUCGGCUCAUGCCAAACCCCAGCCAGACAGACACUGACGGUAUGUGGACAGACACUGACGGUAUGUGGACAGACACUGACGGUGUGUGGACAGACACUGACGGUAUGUGGACAGACACUGACGGAAACGGGGUUGGUGACAUGUGCGAGACGGACUUUGAUAACGAUUCGGUGAAUGACUUAAUUGACGUGUGUCCGGAGAGUGCUGAGGUCACGCUGACUGACUUCAGAGCUUUUCAGACAGUCAUCCUUGACCCAGAGGGUGACACCCAAAUAGACCCCAACUGGAUAGUGCUCAAUAAGGGCAUGGAGAUUGUUCAGACUAUGAACAGCGACCCUGGUUUGGCUAUAGGCUACACAGCCUUCAAUGGCGUAGACUUUGAAGGGACAUUCCACAUCAACACGGCUACAGAUGAUGACUACGUAGGCUUCAUCUUUGGCUACCAAGACUCGUCCUCCUUCUACGUGGUGAUGUGGAAGCAGACAGAGCAGACCUACUGGCAGUCACUACCCUUCAGGGCCAUGGCCCAGCCUGGCCUGCAGCUCAAGGCAGUGAAGUCUAGCACAGGCCCAGGUGAGUACCUGCGGAACGCCCUGUGGCACACAGGUGACACCCCGGGCGAGGUCACCCUGCUGUGGAAGGACCCUCGUAACGUGGGCUGGAGGGACAAGACUUCCUACCGCUGGCAUCUCAACCAUCGCCCACAGGUGGGCUACAUCAGAGUAAGGCUGUAUGAAGGGAUGACUCUGGUGGCAGACUCUGGGGUGGUGAUCGACACCUCCAUGAAGGGUGGCAGACUGGGCGCGUUCUGUUUCUCUCAGGAACAGGUCAUCUGGUCCAACCUGGGGUAUCGCUGCAAUGAUACCGUGCCUGAUGAUUAUCAGUUAUACCGCAAGCAGAUCAACAUCAGGGUGUGACGUUAGCACAACGUUCGACCUGACAAGCUACACAACAUCACUGGUGCCUUUGCUGGAUCAUUGUGUGUGUGUGUGUGUGUGUGUGUGUGUGUGUGUUUGUGUAGAUGAGAGAGAGAGGUUGGCGAAAGCAGUUGAAUUACCUAAAAUAUGCUCAAUAGAUCUUUGGAGGUGUGAAUGGGUGAACACAACACAUCCACAUUUUGGACAUUUGUAGCUGAAAAAGUGUUUGUCAAACCACACACCUUGUAUACAUGUUUGAAUGGAUGCAAAUCGAUCGUGUGUGCGUGUCUGUGUGUGCGUGUAUGCAAACAUCCUUCUGACACAAGAUGUUACCCUUGAACAUAAACUCAGAGAUGACCAACCCAUGAAAUGCUUGUCUGUAAGACACCUUUUUAUAGUAAUAAAACUACUCAAACCAAUCUCUCUUUCCUUCGUAUUUGAACUCCAGAUGUAAAACAAUGUCUUCUGAUCGGCAACACUGGAAUGGUAGAUUUUUUUGCCUUCAAGUUAACAACAUCAACUGAACAUCAACAACAACUAAGCAUACAGGACUGCUUUCUUAUUAUAAGUGUUCUUCCAACAUUUUAGUACAGCAUGUCUUGUUGCCCCUUGUGUCUAAAGGAUAGAACUGGGUGAAGGAAGUAAACUACUUUGAGGUCCCUCUAGAUGGCACCAAGUGAACAUCAACAUGGCUCUUGAGAAGAAAGGGGGUGAAAGUUGAGGACGGAGUACACGCUGAACUCUCAUUUCCAAAAACUCACCAUCGCACAUUCCAAACCACGUGACAUCAUCAUAGCUGAGUACAUGACCUGCCUGCCUUAAUCUGACUAUAUUGUGUGUAGGUCUUUUCAGUGAAAGACUCAAGGCAAUUAAUAGCUUGUGGUUUAAUGCAGAGGCCUAUAAUUAAGCAUUACUCUUCUUUUUUUUUCGGAAGGGCACAUUUCAUACGUCAAUUGUUUUCCAACUUUGUAUAACGACCACCUGUUACGGAUUCCUAUGGACAGUAUGGGUGAUCAACUCAAAGUGGAAACUACCAUUGGCACAACAGUAGAACGUUAUUAGGGCAAUAUAUCACAACUGGCUUUUCAUGCAUCUUUAAGAGUUAUCUACAGAGUGUGACCCCUCUUUAUUCUGAGCUUGUUUACAAAAUCUAAACUGUACUCAACUAGUUGUAAGUGUUUUACUCUAAGAAGUUUUUGCUAAAUGGUAUCUCUUCUCAACUUUCAUUCACAUAGGUCCCCCAUGCAUAAUACUUUCAUUGUGUUCCCCUGACUAAACAUUAGAUCCUAUUAUGACCCUAGAUAACUGGCACAUUAUUGAGGGUCCCAAUGUUUAAUCUU